GCGGUUAACGAUGGGGUAACGUAUCAAUUUGUUGACAAAAAUCAAAUCAUGCAUAUCGUGUCUAACAUAUAAAUUCUCUCUUCCCUCUCACGCUGCAUAGGUGUGUUUGUUUACUUAUUCUAUAGAAAGUGCUUUUAGUGUUGUUAGUGGGUUAAGUUUCCAUGGAUUCAGUACUAGUGCAUGUUAUAUCUUGUCCCAAUGCUUCAGCCACAACUGGUGGAAAUCUCUGGCGGAGUAAACAUUCCACUGAGAAAAUAUACUCUACAAGUUCUUGUGCAUCAAAAGCUUUGCAAAACAAAAGGAAAAUUCAAAUGGAAUACAAUCUUUUGAGGUUCCAACAACCAACUUUGAAUCAUCAUUACAAGUCUACUGAGAGAGGGCAUGUAUAUCAAGAAUCCAAUAUAAAAUAUGUUGUGAAAGCAGUCUCUAAACCAUCUUUUGAUUAUGAACCUCCAACUUCUAAUUCCAAAAACAUGUUGGAGUCUAUAAAAAAUUUCUUGGCAGCUUUCUAUUGGUUUUGCUAUCCUUACACAAUGGUUGGCCGAACAUUAAGCACAAUCUCUGCAUGUCUCAUUGCCGUGGAGAAAUCAUCAGAUAUAUCUCCAUUAUUUUUUAUUGGCUUGUUACAGGCUUUGGUACCAUACACGUUUUUGGAUGUUUAUAUUAAUGGAGUGAACCAGCUGUCUGACCUUGAAAUAGACAAGAUAAAUAAACCACAUCUUCCUUUGGCAUCUGGACAAUUAUCAUUUACAACUGGUUUCAUUAUUGCCGCAUUAUCUUUAAUUUUGAGUUUUUGGCUUAGCUGGAUUAUAGGUUCUUGGCCAUUGAUUUGGAGUAUUGUGUCGUGCUUUACAUUAUGGACUGCUUAUUCAAUCAAUGUGCCAUUCUUGAGAUGGAAGAGACAUCCACUACUCGCGGCAAUGUGCAUUUUUCUUAGUUUUACAAUUAUAUCUCCAGUUACAUUUUUCCUUCACAUGCAGACUUUUGUGUUCAAGAGGCCCGUUGUCUUUCCAAGAUCAUUGGUUUUCCUUAUUGUAUUCAUGAGCUUCUACUCUGUAGGCAUAGCAUUGUUCAAGGACAUACCUGACAUUGAAGGAGAUAAGAAAUUUGGCAUCCAUUCUUUUUCAGCACGUUUUGGUCAGAAACAAGUAUUUUGGAUUUGUGUUUUGCUUUUUGAAACGGCCUUUGGAGUUGCCCUCUUGGCUGGAGCAACAUCUUCUUGCCUCUGGAUUAAAAUUGCCACGGGUUUGGGACAUGCUGCUCUUGCUUCAAUUCUUUGGUAUCAGGCCAAAUAUGUAGAUUUGACAAGCAAAGCUUCCGUAAGAUCCUUCUAUAUGUUGAUUUGGAAGUUGUUGUUCACAUCAUACUUCCUCAUACCUUUAAUCAGAUAGGGAUGUCGUUGAAGGUUAAAACCAAUGCUCAUCGCAGCACAUACAUCAGAAUAUAUAUAAAGGAAUUUGUUUUGCAUCUAAACUUUAUUAAAAUAGAAAAAACUACAAAAAUGUGUGUUCCCUGGAUAUUAGUUCUUGUAUUAUUAAGAUCUUUCUUUAAUUGUGCGAAGGUUUUAUGUUUUAUGUGUAUCCAUAAUAACAUUGACCUCUACUGUCAAAUCUUUCAUAAGUGGAACCAGAAAAUAUAAGCAAUUUGCUAUACUAGAA